AUGGAAACGGACGCAUCGGACGCCCGACUGUUGAGCACGUUUGAAAAACAUGGCGAGUUCGUUGGACUACAAGACCGAUUCCUGGCAAGCGAUCUUUGGGCGUUGCCUUCACCCGAGGAUGAUCACAAAGACACUGUGACCCUGGUUGGGAUGUUGAGAAUUUUCAAUGAAUAUCAAGAACAACCAUACUUGCUCGAUCCCUUCCUGGAGUCGCUCGUGACACCUGUGGUGCAGAAGCUUAGAUCGUAUGCCAGACAACGCGUUCGAUCGCCGAAUGCUCCGCGGUCUCUUGAACGAGUAAACCGACUGGCAACACUCAUCUACAAUUACACGAAGUUUCGCGGCUAUAAGACCAUCAUUAGGUUUUUCCCCCAUGAAGUGGCCGAUCUCUCUGUCGCUAUUGGCUAUAUGCGCCUGCAUGACGAGACGCAAGGUCCGAACGAGUGGGCUCUACGCUACGUCGUGCUGUUGUGGUUGUCGCUUGUGUGUAUGAUCCCGUUUGACCUGGCUCAGUUCGAUGAGGAUGGUCAAUCCGGGAAGACCGCACGCACCGUUGAGUCCAUAGGAAAAGAUUACUUGGGAAAGGCCGGAAUAGAUCGAGAUGCCGCGGCUUUGCUGCUUUCAAGACUGUACAUGAGGAAGGAUACGCGUUCCAUGUUCUCCGAGUUCCUACAAUGGGCAGGAGAAGGUCUCGCUGGCUCGACCGAUGCGUUCAUGUGCACCGGCAUCCUGAGGACUGUCUGCGAAAUCGGCAAGUCCGGACCUGUCGAAGAGAUCCGAGAAAAAACUUCGGAGUUGCUUGACCUGGCGCGUGUCGUGCAAGGGCGUUCCAGUGCCAUGGCAAACACCAUCAUCAGGAAGUUGAGGGUGAAGUUGCUAUCUCGAAUUGCCCUACGAACAUUACCAGGCAAAGCACGCAGAAAUCGGAAUAAAGGACGGGUUCUUGUCGCUCUUGAGGAUGAUGCCACUGCCGCCGGAGACGUGGAGCUUCUCGAAGAUCCGGACACAAUGGAUAUCGUCGAAAGCGUUCUCGAUGACCAUUUCAGCGCACUGCAGGACAAGGACACAAUCGUUCGAUGGUCAGCAGCGAAGGGCGUUGCUCGUAUAUCAGAACGACUCCCGACCGACUUCUCGGAUCAGGUCUUGCGCAACAUCCUUGGCCUGUUCGAGAUCCACUCAAUGGCGGCGGCGACUAUCUAUGACAUGUCUUCGAUUGCGGAGGCUACAUGGCACGGUGCAUGUCUUGCGAGCGCAGAGAUGGCUCGCAGAGGUUGCGUAGCAGACUACAAUGUCGGCGAGCUCAUAGAAUGGAUGUUCAAGGCCCUUUACUUUGAUAUACGAAAGGGUGCACAUUCAGUCGGCUCUAACGUUCGGGAUGCGGCCUGCUACGUUAUAUGGUCGCUGGCGAGAACUCAAGACACCUUGACGCUGAGGGCACAUUGCAAUGCACUUGCCUUUGCCCUGGUGCAAGUUGCUCUGUUCGACCGCGAGGUACAUAUCCGACGUGCGGCUAGCGCGGCUUUCCAGGAGCAUGUCGGUAGAACGGGCCUCUUUCCACACGGCAUAGAUGUGCUCCGAAAGACUGACUUUUAUGCUGUUGGCAUUCGGAGAAAUGCGUUUCUUGUUGCUGCACCCGAGGUCGCCGAACACUCUGAGUAUAGGCCGAGUCUUAUUAAUCACCUGCACGCUGUCACGCUGCGACACUGGGACCCCGCGAUGCGCGUCCUAGGAGCCCGAGCCUUGCGUAUAAUCUGCGAGGUCGAUCUACCGACGGAUGGGCCAAGUUCACGUCGUCGGGCGGCGGAGCUACUAGAUUCUCCCGAUAAUACGGACGUGCAUGGAGGACUCUUGGCGUUGGCAGAGCUGGCAGCAGCGUUUGACCAAGCAGGCUUGUUCGAUGAGAAGCGCGAGACGUUUGCAUGCCUGGCGUUGGCGCCCGCAGACAGGAUCAUGUCCUCUAGACAUGAGGAUCUUACAGCUGCAGCCUGCACUUUGAUCGGAAGCAGCAUAUCCAUUGAUGAAAUCCAACUCGGGCAAGCAACGAGAGUGCCGCACUGGCGUAAAAUCCUCGAUUUCGGUCUUAAGCACAGGAGCGUCGCUGUUCAAGAGGAGUCUGCGCGUGCGAUGGCCUCCGUCAGCCAUCUCGUGGAUUGUUCGGCGAUUGUGACAAGGUUGAUAGAAGAUUGCAAGCGGGGUUCUCCCACUACCACGGAAGGCGUGACCCGGUUGAUGGGCUUCCUCGACUAUGAAGCAUAUUCGCACUCACUCCUGAAGGUCGUUCAGUUCUUAUUGAACGUAGUCAGCCCUGAAAACGCCUCCACUGUAGAAGCCAGACGCAAUGCGUUCACCUCGAUGCAUCAGCUGCUUUCCAAGGUCUCCCCGUGCCUCGCUGAAUCUCUCGGGCCAUCCAUAACCCGUCGCAUGUUUGAUGCCCUCUAUGCGGGACUCGAUGACUACACUAUCGACGAGCGUGGAGACGUCGGAUCCUGGAUUCGGAUGGCAUGUAUGGACGGCCUUACAGCGUUCGCCGAGAGCUUGAUGGCCAAAGGGCUUGCCAAGGAUGAACUGGAGCAGUAUCUUCCGCCUGAUCGGUACCAUCUCGCCGUUGCAGGUAUCUUGAAACAGGGCAUGGAGCGAUUAGACAACGUCCGUGCAUGCGCGGGUGCCGAUAUAGUGAAGUUGCUGAAUAUACCCGUCCCGUCCGUCCUUGACGGAGAGGCGUGGCGACUGAAAGGGGAGCAGCUAAUGAAGGAGUUAUUCUUAGGUGAUGAGGAGAACGUCCGGUGGAGCGAUGGCGAAUGGCUUUACCCUCGGGCCGUGCAACUGCUACAAAUCAAGGAAUAUCGGAGUGCUAUUCUCGACGGCCUCGUGGUCAGCAUCGCGAGCAGAACGGACAGCACGCAACGCACCGCGGCGCUAAGUCUAAGGACAUACGUUCAGCGACUACCGGUCACUGCCUCAGAUCCAGAUUCAUGCGACAUCUGUGGCCUAUGCGAGAGACUGGCCGAGAAAGCGAAGCAAAACGCUACAUCGAACCUUAUCGUGAUACCGCUGCUACAGACGUUUCAAGUCCUAUUUGAAGCGGACGUGCUUGUUGCCGUGGCACAGUCCGCUCGUGGCCUGCGCAGCCUACAAACCUUGCUUGACUUAGUAACCAAGAACGUUUCCCGGCUUAAAAGCAUACAGCGCAUCAUCAUGUCAAUGAAGACAACCGUAAACCUUCUCACCGUCCCUGCGAUCUUUGAUGCUUGCGUCGCUCUUUUACCCAGAUUCCUUUCUCAUCCGGUUCCCAAGGUGCGCGCUGAUACGGCGGAAUAUUUGUACCUGUUCCUGCAAAGCAACGACGUUCAGGGUGAUACUGAGGAGAUCGAAAACCUCCUGCUCGAAACCGAAUGGACGCUAGCCGAUAUGUCAGUCACGCGAGAUACUUCCGAGAAGAUAGUUGCGUUACUAUCGGGGGAUCCCUGAACCUUUUCCACCGGUGCCGAGUCCACACGAGGUUGCUCCGGGAAAGGGCUCACAUGUAUAGUAACGUUCAAUACAAGAAGUGUGAAAU